GUGUGCAUUUUAGUUGGGCACUGGGAAAGAGGUUGUGUAUUUAGUCUGUGUUUAUGUCAUUGUGUAUUGUGUAUUUUGUAAACGGACUGCAGAAUUACUGCUAUAAUUUUGAGUGCUUACCAUGACUUCGGCUCCGAUAUGAUGUGUGUGCUAUGUAGAUAGGAUACUCAAGAACUUGAACGUUUGUGUGUCGAGGAAUCUGGAAAGAAAAUCGGUAUAAAAAAGAUUGCAGGACAAAUGGCCAACCGAUCCUACCACAACAGUGCACCCAGCACAUCACGGCAGCAUCAAGCACCUAAGGUCACAGGGGUCAUGGGGCCAAGAGGUCGCGGGGCGGGUCAGAGACACCCGGGGGCGCCGAUGAGCGACCAGAAAGCAAAGACUGUUCUCAAGGAAGCGGUAGAUGCCGUGGUGAACAGCUUUGCCAAGCACACACAGGGCUACGGAAGAGUCAAUGUUGUGGAGGCUUUGCAGGAAUUUUGGCAGAUGAAAGCCUCGCGUGGUGCCGAACUGAAAGGAGGCCCUCUAGUGAUCUACGAGUCGGUUCCUUCGUCCUGCCCGCCGUACGUCUGCUUUGUCACCCUGCCAGGGGGCAGUUGCUUUGCCAGUUUCCAGAACUGCCCAACUAAGGCUGAAGCUCGGCGCAGUGCAGCCAAGAUUGCCUUAAUGAACUCCGUCUUCAAUGAGCACCCUUCCAGAAAAAUCACCGACGACUUCAUCAAUAAAGCAGUCACAGAUGCCAAAUCAUCUUUCCAGGGUUCCCCCGAGGAUGAGAAUGACCCUAACACCAGCCUGGGUGCCUUCCGCUUCAUGCUGGAAGCCAAUCGAUCCAAGUCCAUGCUGGAAUUCCAAGAGCUGAUGACCGUCUUCCAACUGCUCCACUGGAACGGCAGCCUGAAGGCCAUGAGAGAGCGGGACUGCUCUCGACAGGAGGUGCUGGCCCACUACUCUCACCGGAACCUGGACGACGACAUGAGGAGCCAGAUGGCCCUUGAUUGGAUCUCAAGGGAGCAGGAGAUUGUCGGGAUCAUCGCCGAGGAGCUCCAGCGAGCCGACGACGAGAUUGAGACCGCGAGACUGGCUGGGAGAGAGCUCAGAUUCCCCAAGGAGAAGAAAGAUAUCCUCAUGUUGGCUUGCAGUCAGCUGGGCCCUGGCUAGGCAGGUAUUUGACCCCAGUGUCCCUGAAUCCUACAAAAUCCUUUAAAUUCCAAGACUUUGAUAUAUAGAGGUGGCUUGGUUGGCUGGGAGAAAGCCAAGUUUCCUUAAAGGAAAGAUAUCCUCAUGUUGGCUUGCAGUCAGCUGGGCCCUGGCUAGGCAGGUAUUUGACCCCAGUGUCCCUGAAUCCUACAAAAUCCUUUAAAUUCCAAGACUUUGAUAUAGAGGUGGCUUGGCUGGCUGCGAGAAAGCCAAGUUUCCUUAAAAGAAAGAUAUCCU